CCUCUCACGACUCACUUGUGCCACGUAUCUUUAUCUGCAAUUGCUUGUUGUGAAUUGUUUUUGCAAUGACUAUUUGAAUGAAGCAGCAGACGAUGUGAACCAUGUCACACAGAACUAUCUGUCGCACUACACUUCAAGAGCAGUAGUACAACUGGCAAUCCCUCUCCAUGUCUAUCAGUUUACCAACUAGACUUUGCCAGAUUUGAAAUGUGUUUUUGUUACUUGAUUUGGAUUUCUAACGACGAAUGUCUAUUUCCCUCUGAAUGUGGAUCAUAUUAAAAGUACAUUUUUGGAAUAAAACAAUUUUUAAACUUUUGCAAAGCAGAAAAUUAUUCUUGAGAGCUAAUUGCUCAAUUUGCUAAGUUCUUGAUUCCAAUGGAUACCUUGUGACCUCACAUUGCAUUCUGUAACUUCUACACAACAAGUUUAUUUUGACGUCGUGAUGACAGCAGACGUGAAGCACAACAUUAAAGACAAGGAGCAGACAGAGUCUGUUCCGCUGCUGUGCUCCAAGAGAUGGACACUGGCCUACUGCGGAGUGUUUGGCUUCUUCUUCAUCUACGCCUUGAGGGUCAACCUGAGUGUUGGCAUCGUCUGCAUGGUGAACGACACAAAAAAGGAGUCUGCCAAUCAAACAGAAGAUGAGACUUGCAUGAGUAAUACUAACGUCAAUGCAACCAAACAUGAAGGAGAGUUCAACUGGGACAAAUCACAGACUUCACUUCUGCUGUCUUCAUUUUUCUAUGGCUACAUCACGACACAAGUUCUUGGAGGCUGGCUGUCUGGCAGAUUUGGCGGGAAACGCGUGCUUGGGAUUGGAGUUGGCAUAACAGCCAUCUGUAACUUACUUGUGCCAGUGGCAGCCAGGUGGGAUUACCGUUCCGUGUUGGCAUUAAGAAUCAUUAUGGGAAUAUCAGAGGGUGCCGCUUUUCCCAGCAUGCAUUCAUUGUGGGGGCGUUGGGCGCCACCCUUAGAGAGAACAAAAUUGUCUUCGUUUACUUACGCGGGUCAAAAUUUAGGUAACAUUGUGACUUACAUAUUAUCUGGCUGGCUGUGCGUGCAUGGGUUUGAUGGUGGAUGGCCCUCCAUAUUUUACGUCACGGGUGGCGGGUGUCUUGUGUGGGUCAUCAUUUGGUUCAUUGUUGUGUCCGACUCACCGGAAGACCAUCCCACUAUAUCUAAAGCUGAGAGAGACUACAUCGUCACAACCAGAGGGAAAUUACAAGCUAAUAAGGAUUUUAAAGUACCCUGGUUGGCUGUGCUGAAAACACGCGCCAUUUGGGUGUGUCUAACUGCUCACGUGUGCAACAACUGGAUGCACUACACACUGUUAACUGGUCUACCAACUUUCAUGAAAGAGGCGCUGAAGUUCGACAUUGAUCAGAAUGGACUUUUGUCAGCUGUACCUUACAUGGUCAUGGUUUGUACUUCUAUAAGUGCUGGUCAGUUGGCAGAUUUUCUACGCAAGAAAUAUUUAUCCACAACAUUUACCAGACGUCUUUUCCAGGCUAUAGGUUUUCUCGGAGGAGGUAGCUGCAUUGUUGGAGUUGGGUUCAUUGGCUGUGAACACAGAAACGCUGCUGUUGCCUUGCUGGCUAUAGCUGUGGGCUUUGAAGGCUUAUGUUAUGCUGGUUACAUGGUCAAUCAAGUGGACUUUGCACCCAGGUAUGCUGGUGUAUUGUAUGGGAUGACUAACAUGGUGGCUACAGUACCUGGCAUUGUGGCCCCGCUUGUUGUUGGAGCAUUGACCCCAAAUAAAACUCAAGAAGAAUGGAAACGUGUGUUUUACAUCUGUGGGGCUUUCACUCUGGUGGGUACCAUUGUUUUUGGAGGCUUCGCAGUGGGGGAACUUGAACCGUGGGCAAAGAUGGCCCCAGACAUGGAAGAGGAGAUCCCGCCACCCAAUUCAGAGGAUGAUAAAGAAAAGGGCCAUAAAGAUGAGGAAGUGAAGAAAAAACCCAAUGACAAUGGCCACAUAAAUAGUGCCAUGGUCUUUUCAACAUUGGAACUGUCUCAAGAUGACUAGAGUGCAUGAAGAGAUAGGGCUGUCUGUAUGUUUUUGGGGACUUGUCCAUUGCUUUCUGUCUUGGUCUGUUUGAACACACACAAAAUAGUUUGCAUUGUGUUGUACUGUAUUAAAUGAAAUAAAUAACAUUGAUUGAAUGAGAUAUUUCUGCUACGCUUUUGUGGUCAAUAUAUAUUGUAUUAAUAUGAAAGUUUUUUUAAGAACAGAAACUGAGAUAAACUUACUUCCAGAAAUGCAUAUUUUCUAAUUUGGUUUGUAUGUCAUUUUGACUUAUACAUUUGUGACAAUCUCAUGAUUUUCUACACUUUUAAAACAAAAUGUCUCCUGUCAGCAGCCAACUAGUAUAGCUGUCAUUUCAAAUUUAAUUCAGUUUCUUGUUUGUUUGUUUUUUCCUGUUUUUAUUUAAAUCUAUCAUCAUUUCAAUUUUUAAUUUUAAAUCAUGAAAUUUUUAUUACAUUUUUAAAAUCCUUAUUAAAUUUCUAUAACAAUGUCAGUUCUAAAGUCUCUCAAUGCAGUGGCUGCACCUAAUACAUAGCAGUUCACAUUAAAACAAGUACAAGCCGAAAAUACUUGGAGAUAAAUCUAAAACAUUUUCUUCUUUUAUUUUUUACAAAUUCAAAUUUACAUUCCUUUCUGAAUAACACAGUUUUAAUGUAACUAUAAUCAGUGUACCUCAUUUAAUUCAAAAUGUGGACAAUGAAAGGUUUCUUGUUAUUUUGUUUUAUGUCCAUCAUCAGCUUUUGAAAUGAUUCAUUUUGUUAAUUUUCUUUCUUGUUGCUAAUUAUUUUCACUUUUGUUUGUACCAUUAACCAAAUUGCCUUUCAUGUACAAAAUUCUAAAUUCAAUGCCCUACCCCCAUCCAUGGAGUCAAAAGUCAAACAGGAUUUUUCAUAAAUUUGUAUGCUGAGGAAAAGGAAAACUUGACUAAUGUAUUUUUGGUUCGCUGUCUCAUCAAGUGUUUAGAAAUAAUUGACUUGUUCAUUUGAAAACUGAUCAUCCCUUAAUUAACUCAUGUAAGGCAACUGUUAGGCUUAGUACUAAGUUAUUAAUAUUUAAAAAAAAAAAAAACUAACAACAGCCCAAAACAUGAACAAUAAAUGAGAAUUUAAAAAAACACUUCUCAAAAAGAAUGAAACAAAGUCAACGAUUUUGCUUAGACACUCACUAUUUGUAAUUCCUUUCAAUGUAUUAAAAUUUUUGUUGGAGCUUCUUCAUGAUGAUUAUGUGACACAAUUUCUGUAAAUAUAUAAUUCUAAAAUGCAUCAAAACUAUUUUUAACAUUGUUCAUAUCUAUUUGAAAUUUAUUUAAAACAGUAAAUUUAAAACGGGCAUAUAACAAAUUUCCUUUAAAUUAUUGAUUUUAUUCAAAAUCACCUGAACACAGAUUUUAUAUCAUCAGUUUUAGCAUACAACAAUUCAAUUUGUAAUGAUCUGACAUGUUUAUUUUACUCAUGAAAUGAAGUCACAAAAGUAUUAACUCCCUUUUUAAUGUUAUUCUUUUGUUGUUGUGAUUUAAAACAUUUUUCAGAAAUAAACAUAAGCAAGGGCACAACUUUAAAAUCUUGGAUAUAAAUUCCAAUUAAAAGCAAAAGUUUCAAUGUAUGUGGGAUGUAUGGCUGAGUGGCAAUAAUGGCUCUGGAAGCUCAAUUUUAUAUCCCCACUUGAGCAUUUUGUAUUUGCUGUGCACUGAGCAUGCUAUAAGCAUGAAAAAUACAAAACUAUAAAAAAGCAAAAAAAAAAAAAAAAAUUUAAAAUCCUUACAGUAUAUAUACAGAUACUGUAGUCCUUCGAGGGGCUCACCAGCCACAUGAGGAGGCACAAAACCCCAGUGCAAGGCCCUCAGCCCCCUGGAUGACAAAUUGGUCAUCAUCGAACUACGAUGGACGAACUAUAUUCAUUACUAAAAAAGAUUUAAUACACAUUUUAGACUCAUUGUCAAUGAUCAUUGAAAGUGUAACAAAGUUACAAUGGAUAUGUGUGCUUUCAUUCUAAGUAACAAAGUUACAAUGGAUAUGUGUGCUUUCAUUCAAACAGCUGUUUGGUAAGACAUAUUCUAUGCCGCUCUAUGGUAUAUGAACAUUGGCUUCAAAUUGUCAGGAAAUUAAAAAACAAAUUGUGUAACAGUUUCAUACGUUGAAUUUUGUUAUUUAAACUAAAACAGAAGAAUAAACAACAAUUUGAAA